GUCAUUUUUCACACGAAAUACCAAGGAAUACUCGCCCGUGCAAAGAGACCCACUUCUUUGCGGGUAUUUAUUUGUGGAAAAAAAGGACUUUCUGUGGUGUUUUGGUGGUAAAUUUGCAAACUCAUGUGCAUGCUUGUGGACGUUUUGUGAUUGGGGAUAGUGGAAAAUUGUGAAAAUUGUGUGAUUUGGUGGAAAAAAGGGGUGUCUCGUCAUGUCUUUCUCCAGCAAACCCCUUGGAUUUUGAGGAAAAUUCUUUUUUACAUAAAGGGCUGGAUUUUCCAAAAUAAUCAAUUCACACUGCACAAAUACACAAAGUGAAGAAAAUUAUUUUCUGGGAAAUUCCCUGGGAAAAUUCAUUUAAAUUGGUCUGUGCAACUAGGAAGAUGGUGACACAUUGGUCACCAUGCUGUACCAUGGGGUAGGCCAACCGGCACACUGCCAAAUUCCAGGCUAACCACAAAGUUAAAACUUUCCUAGAAUUAGGAUUAAUCUUUAAAAAAUAAUAAAUAAAAGUGUCCAUAAAUCUUAUCUUAAAUUUAAUACAAAAAAAAACAAAGUGAAUCGUAAAGAGACUCAAAUCGUAUAAAAUGUAGAUGGUGCAAGAUUAAUCAGAAGACGAGAUAAAGGAAGACUGAGAGAGACUCGAUAAUUUUUCCUUUACUUAAUUGGCGCGCAGUGUGUGGACAAAGCGCCGUGGUGGACAAAUGAGAGAUUUGCAUGAGGUGUGAGUGUUUGAAAUGGCAUUUGCGGCGUUUCUUGUGUUUGCGGCUGCUGUUGUUGGGGCAUCCGUGUCACCGGCACCACCGAGGCCCGUACACACGCUAAAUCACACCAUAACGCAUCGGCAGCACUUCACCACGCGCCUGAAGCACCUUGUUGUGGAUCGGAAUACGGGAAGGGUUUUUGUGGGGGGUGUAAAUCAGCUGCACCAGCUGUCGCCGGAUCUCGAAGUUGUGGCAACAGCUAUAACAGGACCCAAGAAUGAUUCGUACGAUUGUACGGUGCUUGAAUGUCCAUCGGAUACUGUGCGUGAACUCACGGAUAAUGUGAAUAAAGUCCUGCUCAUUGAUUACUCCACAAGUCGACUCGUUACGUGCGGUAGUGUGUUCCAGGGCGUUUGCACUGUUCGAUCGUUGCAAAAUGUAAGCGAAGUCGAGCAGGAGGUUCAAGAGGCUGUUGUAGCAAAUAAUGAGAAUGCAUCAACUGUUGCAUUCAUAGCACCUGGUCCACCGGAUCCACCUGCUUCGCAUGUAAUGUACGUUGGGGUAACAUUCACGGGUAAUAGUCCAUAUCGUAGCGAAAUCCCCACAGUUGCAUCGCGUUCCCUCGAAAAGUCACGAAUGUUCCAAAUAGCAUCGUCUGCCGUGACAACGGGUACGAGAAUCUUCAUAAAUAGCGUCUCGAGGGAAUCCUACUUGGUCAACUAUGUGUAUGGCUUUAGUUCUGAGCGAUUCUCCUACUUCUUGACCACACAACUCAAGCACAAUAGUCAUUCAGCACCGAAGGAGUACAUCAGCAAACUCGUUCGAAUUUGCCAAGAUGACUCCAACUACUACAGCUACACGGAGAUCCCGAUUGAUUGUAUCAGUGAAGCUGCUGGUGGGACAAAGUAUAAUUUAGUCCAGGCAGCAUUUGUGGGGAAACCUGGAUCGGAUCUUGCGGAGAAUUUGUCAAUAACGCAGCAAGAUGAUGUGCUAUUUGCCGUCUUUAGUGUUGGCAAUGGGAAUCGAACAACAAACAGGAGUGCUCUCUGUGUGUACUCCUUGAAGGCAAUCCGGAGGAAGUUUAUGCAAAAUAUCAAGGCUUGUUUCAAUGGGAAUGGGCCACGAGGAUUGGAUUUUAUCUCACCAAACAUGCAGUGCGUCCCGACCAAGUUGCAAACAAUCUCUGAAGAUUUUUGCGGAUUGGACGUUAAUUCUCCCCUUGGUGGGGAACAACCUAUUGCUGCUAUACCCGUUGCACUCUUCACAACACCCCUAACAGCUGUUGCAGCAACACGUACAAGUGGCUACACAGUUGUCUUCAUUGGCACAGCCAAGGGGCACCUGAAGAAGGUUGUGGUUGAGUCAGCAACAGCUGCUCUAGAAUAUGCCGAUAUUGUUGUUGACGAAGGGAAUCCCGUGAAUGCUGAUAUGCACUUUGAUACGCAUCAGAUGAACAUCUACGUCAUGACAACUAAUAAAGUGUCAAAAGUACGCGUGAAUGAUUGCACAAUUUAUGCAACAUGUGGGGAAUGUUUGGGGGCACGUGAUCCAUACUGCGGAUGGUGUUCGUUGGAGAAUAAAUGUAGCCUCCGGAGUAAUUGUCAAGACGACACAAAUGAUCCCCUAUUCUGGGUUAGCUACAAAACGGGAAAAUGCACGACAAUCACAGCCGUUAUGCCGCAUCAACUUCAACGAACAACAGCACGAACACUUGAGCUUGUUAUUGAUCAUUUGCCUGCUCUCAAGGAGCACCUUGUCUGUGCUUUUACAAUAGGUGAAAAGGUUCUGCUAACUAAUGCAACGAGAAAACGAAAUGGCGUCAAUUGCACAACUCCACGCACAGAUCUUCUGCCACAAAUUCUCCCAGGUCGUCAUCAUUUCACAUCACGCCUAUCCGUGCGUACGGCUACGGGACCAGACCUUGUAACAACCAAUUUCACCUUCUUCGACUGCUCAACGCAUCUCUCCUGCACACAGUGUGUCUCAUCGCAAUUUCCCUGCGAUUGGUGCGUAGAAGCGCAUCGCUGUACGCACGACACGGCGGAAAAUUGUCGAAAUGACAUCCUUGUAACGGGGGUUAGUCGAUCCGGGCCCAGCUAUCGUUCUGGCCCAACCUUUUGUCCCACAAUCAAUGCAACGGGCGAUGGAAGUGAGAUCCUCGUUGCGGCAGGGAGUAAGAAAAGCAUAAAGGUUAAAGUUCACAUAAUUGGACAAUUUAUCGUUCAAACACGCUUUGUGUGUCAAUUCAACAUUGAAGGGAGAGUUACGAGUGUCAAUGCACAACUUCUUGGUGAUACAAUUUACUGCGAUCCAAUGGAGUUUAUCUACACAUCGAGAUCACCCAAUUUAACUGCAACAUUUGCAGUUAUAUGGGGUGGUUCGAAGCCCCUUGACAAUCCACACAACAUUCAUAUCGUCAUAUAUCGUUGCCGCGAUAUGUCCGACAGCUGCGGAAUGUGCUUAGCCUUGUCGGAGAAGUACAAUUGCGGUUGGUGCUCAUCGUCAAAUAGUUGCGAAGUUGAGGAGCAGUGCAAUAAGCAGAGUGAAGGCAAAGUUGAUUGGCUGAAUCGUGCCCAAACUUGCCCCAAUCCCGAAAUUCAUAGCUUUGAACCACGCACGGGACCGUGGGAGGGUGGAACGAACAUUACAAUUCGCGGAAUAAAUCUCGGGAAGAAUUUCAGCGAUAUCUACAGUGGGGUAAAGAUUGCGGGGAUAAACUGUAUGCCCUAUGCGGAUUUGUAUGUGGAUACAAAGCAAAUUGUGUGCACGGUUGAUAGUCCAGGUGUGCAGGCGUACCGUCAUGGGAGGAUUGUUGUGCAAAUUUCGGACUAUCGCGGGGAAUCCAAUACGGAUUAUGAGUUCGUUGAUCCACGAAUUGAUGAUUUUCAACCGAAAUUUGGACCAUUUGCCGGUGGGACGAAGGUGACGAUUUUCGGAAAGUUCCUCAAUGCAGGGAGCAACAUUACGGCACUCAUUGAUAGCCUCCCGUGUGAGAUUCUUUCGGCUGAUGAGAAUCAAGCACUUUGCCGUACAAGUCCAGCUGUUGGGAAGAUUCGUGGUGGCCGCUUGAAGAUGCUGUUUGACAAUGGUGCGAGGGAAUUUGCCGGGGAGGAGUUUGAGUAUGUGGCCGAUCCGGUGAUCGAGUACGUCGCCAGUGGUCCCUCGGGGCAGCUAAAGGUGCCCAAGGGGAUCCCAGCCGGCGGCAUCAAGAUCACCGUGAUUGGUGAUCACUUUGGGAGCAUUCAAAAGCCCCAGAUGUACGUUUACUUCGAGGGGAAGAUGUUUGUCAGCCUGUGCGAUACGGUUAGUGACACCGAAAUGGUUUGUGAUUCACCGUCAAUUGAUGCGGAUGGGAUUACCUUGGAUGCCGAUAGGCCAAUGUUGCUGGAGUAUGGUUUUCACAUGGAUGACGUGGCGAGUGUGCAGAAUCUCUCAUCGCGCAAUAAUCACUUUGAACUCUACCCCAAUCCGGAGUAUUUGCCCUUUGAGGAGAACGUCAAGUACUACAAGAGUGAGUAUUUGACGAUUAAUGGGAAGAAUUUGGAUCGGGCAUGCAAGGAAUCCGAUGUGAUUGUCAUGAUUGGCACGGGGAUGUGCAAUAUAACAUCCCUGUCGCGUGGUCAACUAACAUGUAGGCCACCAAUUGAGGCAACAGACACCGAAGCACCGCAUGUGGUUGUUCGUGUUGGGCACAAUCUUCACUUCCAAAUUGGCAUUCUGUCCUAUGCAUCGCCUAAUUUCAUUCAUGGCGUCACGAAAAAUAUUCUAGCCGUUGUCGGAGCGAUCGUAGCCAUUGUCUUGAUCAUCUUUGUGGGGCUCGUUGUGGCGUACCGGAAGAAAACAAGCGAAAGCAAUCGCGUGCUAAAGAACAUGCAGGAACAAAUGGAUAUUCUGGAACUUCGUGUAGCGGCAGAGUGCAAGGAGGCCUUUGCGGAACUUCAAACGGAAAUGACUGAUCUCACGGGUGAUCUCACAUCUGGCGGUAUUCCAUUCCUGGACUAUCGCACGUACGCCAUGAAGAUUCUCUUCCCCAAUCACGAUGAUCACGGUGUCCUGCAGUGGGAACGUUCGGAGUUGUUGCGCAAGGAGAAGGGUCUCCGGCUCUUUGGGCAGUUGAUCAUGAAUAAAACCUUCUUACUCCUCUUCAUACGUACCCUCGAGAGUAAUCGGUACUUCUCAAUGCGCGAACGUGUCAAUGUGGCCAGCCUCAUAAUGGUGACGCUCCAGAGUAAGCUUGAAUACUGCACGGAUAUCCUCAAGACCCUCCUUGCGGACUUAAUUGAGAAGUGCAUUGAUGGCAAAAGUCACCCCAAACUCCUGCUGAGGCGCACUGAAUCCGUUGCGGAGAAAAUGCUUUCGGCAUGGUUCACAUUCUUGCUGUAUAAAUUCCUGAAAGAAUGCGCCGGUGAGCCACUCUAUAUGCUCUUCAGGGCAGUCAAGGGGCAGGUGGAUAAGGGCCCAGUUGAUGCAAUAACGCACGAAGCGAGGUAUUCACUGAGUGAGGAGAAACUCAUUCGGCAAUUGAUUGAAUUCAAAUCAAUGACGGUGUAUGCCAGCAUGACGCAACAACCAAUUUUCUGCAAUAAUGUCGAAAUGAUGCCCACCAAUACGGAGAAUGUUCCCGUGAAAGUACUAGACUGCGAUACAAUUGGACAGGUGAAGGAGAAGUGUUUGGAUACAAUUUACAGGAAUACCCAGUGGAGUCAGAGACCAAGGAGGGAUGAUCUCGAUCUUGAGUGGAGAACAGGAACAUCCGGACGUGUUAUCCUGUACGAUGAGGAUUCAACGUCAAAGGUUGAGAGUGAAUGGAAGAAGCUGAACACGUUGCAUCACUAUCGUGUACCAGAUGGGGCAUGGCUUAGUUUGGUACCUAAGCAGAGUAGCAUAUAUAAUUUGUCAAUUCUAUCGGAGAAGAAUGACAAAUCCCACAAAUAUGAGACACUAAAUCUGUCCAAAUAUGCCUCCUCGUCGCCACCAUUCAGUCGUGCUGGGUCACCACUGAACAAUGAUAGUCAGGACAAUGGGAUAAAGUACUGGCAUCUGGUGAAGCAUCAUGACACCGAUGUGCAAAAGGAGGGUGAACGUGUGAAUAAGAUGGUGUCGGAGAUCUACUUGACGCGCCUCCUGGCCACAAAGGGUACGCUGCAGAAGUUUGUUGAUGAUCUCUUUGAGACAAUCUUCAGUACGGCCCAUCGUGGUUCAGCACUCCCGCUUGCCAUUAAGUACAUGUUUGACUUUCUCGAUGACCAAGCCAUCCUCAAUGGCAUCACGGAUCCCGAGGUUGUGCACACGUGGAAGAGCAAUAGUCUACCACUUAGAUUUUGGGUGAAUCUCAUUAAGAAUCCCAAUUUUGUCUUUGACAUCCACAAAUCCAAUAUUGUGGAUUCAUGCCUGUCGGUUGUGGCGCAAACCUUCAUGGAUUCCUGCUCAACGUCCGAUCAUCGAUUAGGUAAGGAUUCGCCUAGCUCAAAGUUGCUCUACGCCAAAGACAUUCCAUCGUAUCGUGAGUGGGUGGAGAGAUACUAUGAAGACAUUAAGAAUAUGCCAGCAAUCUCCGAUCAAGACAUGAAUGCGAUGCUUGCAGAGGAAUCCAGACUGCACACCACGGAGUUCAACACAAACUGUGCCCUCCAUGAACUUUACACGUAUGCUGUGAAAUACAACGAGCAAUUAACGGUGACACUUGAGGAAGAUGAGUUCUCACAGAAGCAGAGGCUUGCCUACAAACUCGAGCAAGUUCACAAUAUCAUGUCGUCUGAGUAGUUUUUCUCACACAACAACAACACCAAUGGGAUGCACCCUCGCUAGCAAAAGAAAAAAAGGUAAAAAAGACUCUGAAUUUUUUAUAAAGUAAAAAAAAAAAAGAAAAACUUUCCCCCCUUUUUCACUUUAAGUCAAACUACACUCUUUCGUGGAAAUAAUUAACCUUUUGAAAAAUAAAUGGCAUAAAUAAAUAUACUUUUCAUAAUAUUUGGGGCAAAAAAUUGUUCUCCCAAAUUGAGAUAUAUUUGCAAAAAAAAAUGAAAAUCAUGAAAAAAAUAUCUCUCAAAACUAUUUUUCUACUUUUAUAAAAAUGAUAGUAAAAAAAAUUUGUAAAGAGAUGCACAACUUUUUUUCUUUUAAAUUUUCAUUUAAAAGAAAAAGAAAAAAUAACUACAAAUUAAUAUUUUCUUUUAAUUAAAAGAAAAUUAAUUAUAAUAUUAUUGCAAAAGAAAAAAAAACUUAUGAGUGAGAUUAGCAAUUAACCUACAUUCCUUGUCGCCAUUUUUUUUUUUGAAUAAUUUUUUUUGUUAAUAAAAGAAUUAACUUUCCGUGUUAGAGAUCUUAAAUGAAAAUGAAUUUUGUUUAAAAAAAUAGAGCAAUGCAUUUAGAGCAUUUUAUGAAAGUGAGAGAGUCUACCAGAAAGUGCGAUAAAAUAUUCCAUUAAACAACGUAUAAAAAAAACUAAUUUCUGGUAAAAAAAAAGAGAUUUUAGAGAGAUACAAAAAAAAACGCGAAUUAAAUAAAUAAAAGAAAAGCUGAAAAAUGCCACAGAAGAAAAUGCGCGAUUUAUUAAAAAAAAAAACAGAAGAAAUCAUGAAAAAAAUCAGUGUGUGGAUGUGUGUUUAACUCAGUGUCGUUGCUGGAAUGUAGCUUACAAAAAAAAGAUAUUAAAAUAAUAGUAAUAACAAAAAAAUAGAAAUAAAUAUUUGUUUACUGAAAUAAUGGAAUUAAGAAAUGAAAAAAAUAUCCAAUCAUGGAUAAAAUCUAAUCGAACAAGAAUAGCAAAUCGAUGUUGAUUCAGUGUAAACUCAAAUUUAUUUAUUUUUUUGCAUUUUUUUUAUUAAUUACAUUAAAAAAGUCUAAUCUUUGUGUUCACUGGGAAUGUUAAUUAAAAUAAAAAUAGUCACGGUAGCUACAAUAGAAGAAUCAGGUUUUCAAUUCUGAAUUAUUUACUUUGCAAAUCUAUGCUGCAAUACUGAUUUACAAGGAAGAGUUUGGUGUAGUGGUUAAAACCACACCAUUGCAAGUUGAUCGACGUGAGUUCGAAUCCCACUAAAAAUCACUUUUUUUUUGCUUUUUCUUACCUGUUUUUACCUUUUUAUGCUUCUGGAUUUGCUUGAAAAUUUGCCAAAUACUCAAGAAAAUUAAUUAGUGCAGCUCUAUCUAAUCUCAAUGUACCUGUUUAUUGGAUUCUUUUUCCAAAAGGAUUUCUCUACAAAAUGAUUUACAAAUUUUUUCAACUUUACAAAUUUUUUCAACACAAAUUUUUCUUAAAAAAGUAAAACAAACAUUUUGCAGUGUUUUGCAGUAAAUUUUCCAGAGUUGAGAACAUUCUAAAGAAAAUUUCUCAGUGUCUCUUAACACACGGCACUAGGCGAUUGGGGAUAGGCUGACUUAAUGGUUAAUGUUAAGUCAUUUGCAUUGAUGAAUUUGCAACAGAGAAAAUUCGCAAAUUUAAUCCCCACUAUUCGCUCGAAAUAAGCCAAUUUCACUGCCACUCUUCCCCCAAUUCUCACAGGCUUACAAAUAUUUAUAUAAAAAUAAUAAAAAAAAAUUCCCCAGCAGUGUUAGCAGACCUAGGUCUCUCAGGGACUAGGCUGUUCUCACGGAUAAACAAAAGAAGGAAAAUCUAUCACCGUGCUUUGUAGAACAAAAAGAAAUAAAUUUAAAAUAAAAACUGACACGAAGAAUUUUAAAGGUGAAGAAGGCAAUUUUCGCGACUUUUUGUGUAUUUUUUGAAGACUGAUUUUAAAAGUAUAAAAAAAAACGUAUAAAAUUGAGAAAUAUAGAAAACAAAAUGAGAAGAAUCUUUAUUGGAAGAAGUGAAGAAAAAAAAAUGAUUUACUAGUGAAAGAAAAAAAAAGAAUUAUUAUAUUAUUAUAAUAAAUAUAUAUUAUAGAGAAUAUAGGAUGGAACAGUGAGUGAUGGAAACUACGAAGAAAAUUAAGAAGAAAAAAAUGAUUGUCAGUGUUUUCGCCUGAAUGUCAGCUGAAUUUCUCAAAAAAAAAUUCCUUUUCCAAUAAAAAUGAAAAAUUAUAUUAAAUUAAUGAUGAAAAUCCUAGAUAAUAGGCGAGACAAAAAAAUGCAUAUCUAUUUUUGUUUUCUAUUGAAUAAAAAAAAAAACAUUUAAAAAAAUUGUGAAAAAAAGAUAAUCUUAGCUAUGUCUAAUAAAAUCAAUUAACGUGAGAGAGAGAGAGAGAGAGAAUUUAACAAUGCAAGAAAAGCAUUCUCUUUAAAAAGGAAAAAAAAGAAAAUAAUAAAUUAAUAAAAGAAAAAUUUUAUACACGAUAAAAUAGCAAAAAAAGGACAAAUUUAUCUCCAUUAUUAUUACUUAAAGAAAAAAAAGAUUUUGCAAAAAUUAUCGGAGAAUAAUAUACCAAAAGAGUGUAUAUUUAAUACAUAAUAUUAGAUAUCUAAUAUUUCCUUGUACCUCAAUUUUAACACACAUUCCCUCCUUUACCCUCAAUUUCCAACGUUUUCCUUUCAAAAAUUCUUUUAUUUUCUAUUUCUAUUUUAAACAAAAAAUCCUUUUCUAUUUACUAUUCAAUGGAAGUCCUCACCGAGAAUUUCUUAUUCACACUUUUAAUGAAAAAAAAAACAUCUUCCUGUGCCAACUUCCCGACACAAUCAUCCACUCUGAGGACUGUCAAGAAUGUCAAAAAGAACAAAGAGAAAUCCUUUGAUGUUAGAGGACUUUAUUCAUUUAGAGGCUCUAAUAAAAUUAUUAGAAGAAAGUAGGAAAAAGAAAAUCGUCAAGAGAACGAAAUAAAAAAAACUUUGAAGAAAUUCUUUUAUUGAUUUUCCCUUAUGAUUGCUGCAUCCAGAUUGAAAAAAAUUUCUGAAACAUUUGAAAAAAAAAAGUCGUCAAAAGUCCUAAAAUGAAUAAACUCCUUUUCACAAUUGUUUUCAUGAUUUCAAGCACCUUUAUGGAUUUUAUUUCAAAGCCAUUCAAACAUCGUACAAAAGAAAAACUUUACAGCACAUUUUGAAAAGAAAAUUCAAAUUUUGAGUUCAAAAAAUAUUAUUUAAGGAUUAAAAAAUUAAUAUUUCUUUACAAAUUCAAUUGAGAAAAAAAUGCAAAAUAUAGGCAGCUUAAAAAUAUUCUUCUCUAUUAGACUGAAAAUGGAUGACUUUGAAGAAAUUUGUUGAUUUAAUUUGCUUUUAAUUUGUUCGUUUAGAAAAUCAUUCAAACUAAUUAAUUUUCUAAUUGUUAAUUUGCACCUGAAAGUAUGCAAAAAAAUGUAUUAAUUUCAUCAAAGGGCUUAUUUACUUCUUUUUGACAUCCUUCAACUUCUUAAUGAGCAAAAGAGAAAAAAUUAAAUAAAUCUAAAUCUAAUCCUUAAAGUGUCUUCUAUUUCUCCAAUUUCACGAAAUAAAAUUAUUAAAAGAAAAUGAAAGAAAAUUCCAUGAAUUAUCUACCCUAAAAAGAAAUAUAAAAAUAAUAAAAUCACGACCAAGUCCUCUCAUGCUCCUCAAGCAAAAGAACUACUAAACCAACAACAAAUAACUAAAUUAAAUAAACUCGUGGAAAUGCUUAAGAACGAUUUAAUGAAGAAAUAAAAACUUGAAGAAGAAAAGAUAAAUAAUAAAAAAAAAGAUUUAUGGGGAAAAUGUGUAAAUGUACGAUAGAUAGUGUAAGAAAAAAAAAUAAUCUGUGGGUUGUGCGAAUAAAAAAAAACGACAAAAUAAUGAAACUCAAAGUGAGAGCUAUUAUGUACUACUAGAUAAAGAAAAAUCACACACAGUAAAAUAAAAAGAAAAAAAAUCUUUUACUAAGGAUUUACACGCAAAGAAAAUAAUUGCAAUACUGGCAGAAGAGAGAAGAAAAAUAAUAAUUAAAGAAAAAAAAUCGUCUGCACGUGUUUUUUGUACGUUGGAUGUCAUUUUAAGAGAUGUUCAAAAAGAAAAAAAAACAAAUUAACCUUCCUUUUGUGUGCCAUUGAGUGUCUAUCUCUGUAGGUAACUUAAAUGCCCUACCUUGCCCACCCAAGUUCCCCCGAGAGAAUUUAACUAAAAGAAAAGUAAAAAAAAAUGAAGAAUAAGAAUACAUGCACUCCUUCCCGAGUCCUUUUAGAAUUUAGAAGAAAGAUUAAAUAAAAUAAAAUAAAAUGUCAGAAAAAUUGUUUGAAGCUGUGUGAAGGGGGAAUGAAAUAAUAAUGAAAAUAAUUGGAGCUUUGGGAAGGAAUUUUCUUGCAAAUUGAGAAUAUUCCAGCGGUGAAAGGUCAAAAGAUUCUGCUAAUUUAUUACGACAAUAUGCUUAGAAUGAUUUUAAAAUUAGCUCAAAUUGAAAUUAAAUUGAAUAAUUUUUUUUAAUAAAAUCAUUUCAGCCUCAAAGUGAAUAAACUCCUUUCCUCACAAAAAGUUUUCUUUGAAAGCUUAUCUUUUCAUAAAUUAAUUUUAAAAGAAAUAUCCUUUCAAGUUUUUACCCCUUUCACAGCUUCACACCCCCGCAUAGAUGCUGCAAAGAAAACUAAAAAUAAACAAAUUAUGCCACCACCCUCCCCCAAACUAAACAAAAAAAAAUCACUCGAGCUAUAAAAGAAAUAAAAAACAAAAAACUCACGAUUAAAAAAAGACAUUAAAAAAAUAAAUUUAAGCUGCUCUUGUAAGGAAUUCACAAUCUUGAUGGGGAUCUUAUCUGAGUGCCUCAGGGGGAUCUCUCAUUCAUCUUUGUAUUGCUAAAAUGAAUUAUUAAAAUACGGAAAAAAAAAGAAUUUCAAAGUAAUUUAUCAAGAAAACAAAAAUUAAUCAAAUUGCACCCGAAGCUCACACACACGCCCUCCCGAACUCACUCAGGCAAUAUCCUCGUGCUCUGUAAAUAGUCUUUCAUUUCUUUCUUUAAUUUUCUGUUUUCUGAAAUAAAUGUAAUAAAAUACAAACAAAAAGAUAUGAAAAAAAAAAAUAAUUUCUAUAUUUCUCAGAGAAAAAAAAACGGAUGAUAUAUAAACUAACUCUCUAAUAAAUGGUGAAGAAUUGAAAGAAAAAAAAGAGCUGAAUCCACUUUUUUUCGUAGCAAAUUAAGCGAAUUUUAAAGACACAUGAAGUAAUGCAUAAAAAUUCAAUUGAAUGACGGUUUAACGAUCAUUUCAGAAUUAAAAGAAAAAUUAAGAAAAAAAAAUCGUUGCUGUAGAAUAAAAACAGAAAAUGAGUGUGAAAAUAAAGUAUUUGCUAAAAGAAAAAGAAGAUAAAAAAUUGAUGGAGACAGAGGAAAAGCUAUGAGAAAAAAUUUAUGUAGAUGGGAAAUACCACAAAAGAGAGAGAAGAGUAACGUUGAGAGUUGCUCGUAAAGAUGAUGAUGAAGAAGAUGAGCAAAAAAAGUAGAUAAAAUAAAUGGAGGAGAAAUGAGGAGGUGAAAAACAAAAAAAAAAGAAAAGAAAUAAUUAAAAACUAUAUAUACAUGUCAUAUUCUAUGAAUGAAUGUCUAUUUUUAUGGUUUUAUUAUAAAUUGAAUGAUUUUUGUAAAAAUAAAUGUAAUAUUCAUACAAAAAAAAA